GUGGUAUUUCCACACCGGGCGCCCCAGUACAUGGAAGUCCGCUUGGUGGACGAAAUGCAGUUCCUGUGCUUCCACAGCCACGCGGAGACUCUGAGGACGAAGUCCGGGGCGCCAUGGGUGGAACAGGAUGGGCGGGAGUAUUGGGAGCAGGAGACAUGGAACGCCAAGAUCACCCAGCAGACUUUCCGAACUACAAACACAGUCAAGAAGGUGAUGUCUGGCUGUAAAGUGGAUUCGAACAUCUGCCUCCUUUGUGGAUAUGAAGGAUAUACCUAUGAUGGCUGCAAUUACAUCUCCCUGAUGGAGGACCUGAGAACAUGGACAGAAGCACAGAUCACCUGGUUGGAGAUGGAGCAGGCUGGUAAUGCAGAGACACAGGGCCUACCAGGGUAGGGAAUGCUCCUCAGAUACCUGGAAAACCGGAACCCCACUCUGUGGGCAGGUGCUAGAGACCUAAGGCAGAUCUUGACUCUGCCCUGGGACUGGGCUCAGUCCUGAGGAAGAAG